GUUACAGUGACUUUUUACUGCUUACAAUCAGUAAUUGCGUCAAAAGCAUUGCAUUUUUUUAAUUUAUUAUUUUGGUAAUCUGUCAACAGGAUACAGUAAUCUGUUAGAGAAACAGCUUUUAGUUUGCAUGUAGCUGGCCAACUUUAAUCUUUUGCAUUGCCACAUUCUGGCACUGAACUUAAAAUAUCUAGAGUUUGUUUAAGUGAUUGUCGCAAUGUUGAACAGAGUGUGAAACUAUUUAUAUGCUGUCCCAGUGCAAACACAGAAGGAUCCCAUAAGAUCUAAACUGGAUGUGUAACAUUUUAUCUGUACGUACACGGAACUGUUGUUUAGCUGUAGUUUAUUAGUUUCUUCUGACAUCUUCAUAUUUUCAACAGGUCUUGCAACGUGUGUUUUGUAUUCUACAGUAUGCCAGUACUUAGCACACUGAUGAACAAAGGAGAUAUCUGUUGCAAGAGCGAAAAAAAUAAAUAAAAGCAGUUAGUUAAUCUAAGCAGAAGUGAUUGACUUACUGACACUUGGCAGCCCUGCUGCACACUCUACAUCCGCUGAGCUGUAUUCAUGUGUGAGAAACCAAAAUAGCUUGAUUGUUCCAUGGUUAUAAAAUCCAAUUCACUGUCAGUGUCUUACGGUUCAGAUAAUUUGUCUCUGUUUAGAUUAGCAAUCAUAUUAUGCGUACAUACUAAUGACAAGCCAGCCUUGAGGGCUGAGCUGAUAUUUGUUCAUGUUUGAUAUCUGUUUUAUGACAGGUACGUGUCUAGUAAUUGGUGUCCAAGAGUAAUUGCCUCAAAUAAAAUACUAAAAAAAGACAUGAAAUGAUGACAGUGCAUGGGGGAGGUUUGAAAGCAAAUAUUCAUUUGAACUUGUAAACCUGUGAAAUCCCCCAUGCCUGUCAGCUAGUUCUACAGUAAAUCAUGUUGUGGCCUUCUCAGUAUGGAAUUCAUUUUUGGAAGUCAGUGUAUCCUGAGGAACUUAAAAUUAACCCACAGACCAAAAAGGUUCUUUUUGGUCACAGAUCACAGAUCAUAUUUAAAAGGAAUCUGCUGCUGUUGCCAAAUGUGUCAAAACAAAAGAAUGAUGGCUUUGUAUUUCAACACACUUAGCAUGUUGCAUUUUAUGCAUUUUUUUAAAAACCAGAGUUAAAGCCACAGCAGAAAAAACUGGAAGUUCUGUGCUGUGCAGGGUUUGUAUACCGACGUAGUUAGAGACAGGAAAUCACUUUUAGUAGCAGCAGGGAAAGGGAGUCUUGAAUGUAUCCAUAGAUAAUACUUAAUCAUUCAACCUAAUAAAAAGAGUAUUAAGUCAAACUAAGAACAGGUAAUGUCUUCAGGCUUAAGUCCCCAGACUGUUCUUAAAAUGUAAAACCUUUGGCCCAUUUCAUUAAAUUCAGCAUCUAAACCAUGGUUACUACUUGCCCUCUAAACAAGUCUUUAACCUACUUUUAUAGUUUGUCUUUUCCCAAAUUCUAGUGAGCCACACCAAAUAGAUGACAUCAGUGCGGGUCUAUGUAUUCGCUAUGGCAGUGUCGUAAUAUGGAAUCGGUUCAUUAGCCUUUAUUUGAAUUAAAUGUUGCUAUUUAAUCCCUUUUUGAUAUUUAUUUAGUAAUUAUUUUCACCAAAGAGAUUGCAUGUCCUUGUCAAUUACCACAAGUUAUCUGAGGCCAUUUGACUUUAUUUACACAAAUUAGUUAUGUUUUUGUGAAAUGAGCUCUCAGUGUCUUCUCGGCCAAAAGAUGACUGCACUUUUCAUUCUGCUUUGAGCUGUUGUCUGCGUUAUCAGUAAUUGUUCACUCUAACAUUUCCUGGUGACACCAGUGUUAACUGGAGCGAGCAGUGCCGGUGUCUGCAAGGUAAACACCACUCAAUCUGUUGGCCAUAUCAACGUUUUUGAAGCUAGGUCACUCAGCCAUUGGAAGGCAAAUGCAUUCAAUUGGUUUCACAGAAUUAGCACAUGUCAACAGUGAGUUAUAGUGUGAGCCAGUGACUCCUUUCCAUCCUUUCCAUGGUUACAGUGAUUGCCUGAAUGUCAAAACACUUACUGCUCGUUCCAAAAGCAAGUAUUUUUGUGGUCCGAGAGGAUAUUAUGUGAUUAUUCCAACAAUGCAAAUUAUAUGAUUAAUCCUGAAUUGAAGUGUGACAAAAAUGCAUAAUAUAUGAAAAGGUUCUUGUGUACUAUAACACAGUGUGAAUUCUCAAAAUCAUAAGGCAUUUGAGACAAUUCUUCAUUUUGCUCCCCUCAGUUUCAUGGAUCUCAGUCAUUUGAUGGAAGCCAAGUAGCCUUUUAAGUGCAGACUUUUGGCUGUAUUUGUGUUAAAUCUGAAUUUAUUAGAGUCCAUUGUGUAGAUGAAUGUGUGCAUGUUUUAGACAAGCAGCCAGCAUUAACAGUAAUGUCUCCUGCCUGCCAAUCAUUAAGUAAAGCUUUGGCUUUUCUCAUCAGCAUGCAGGUCUGAUAAUCAGCCCCUGCAGCCAAGGUUUGGUGGGCAGUGGGCCAUGAGACUUGGCUGGAUGGACAAACUGAGAGAGAGCUGGCUGUUGUCAUGCCAUGGAGUCUCUGGUCUGUUGGUUGGACGGUGUUUCCAGCAGCCAGCUGCCACCUUCCCACUGAGGUCUCGAGCUGGUUUGAACUGGUCUUGGCACAAAUUCAAAUUCAAACUUCAAACUCCACCUUGGUUGUCUGUGACUUUUGUUUCCUCCAAGAGCUCAAACUUCUAACAGAAGUUGCUGUGGAGAUGCUAGAGUUUUUGGUGGGGUACCACAGUGACUUGUGCUAUUGAUUGAUGUCCACAUGUCCAAUAGUUCAGGGAACAUUGAGCAAGACCUGUCUUCCAUUAGAGGACUUAACCCCCUAGUAGUGUAGCUUGUCCACCCUUCAUUGACCAAUCAGCACCCAUGCUUUUAGCAGCACUCCUCUGGGCUGCACUGGGUAAACACAAGUGUCUGCCUCAAUGUUUGUCAACGCUAGUUGCCUAACCAUUUAUCAGUAGUCAGUAAGCAUCUGUGCAGCUGUGAUCUAUUUGACCUCAGUGUGCAUUAGAAAUCACUAAUUCAAGCAGAGAUCCAGACAAGAUUCUGUCUUUUCUCCUUUUUUGUCCUGCCAUGUGAUCCCAGGAUCCUACUUACGGUGCAAUAUUGUCUCCACAGAGUUUAACUCCCCAAAUGUCAAGCAGGGGAGGUGAAACACCACUCCCACCACCGCUCUAAUUCCCUCGAGCCCCCUCCUUUCCGCUUGUGUCCCAGCACAAGGGACGUCACUCCCCUGGCUGCAGCAGGACUGGAGGCUGAGUCGAGGGGCAAGGCGAGGGCAGGUCCUAUGAAGAAGCACAAAGGCCAGAGGGGAGGUGUAAAUGCACUGCUCUGCACAGUGUACAUGCCAGCAUAUGAACUAGUAUUGAGCACAGUGCUGAAGGAGAGUAUUGAGGCAGCAGUUCAUGGGAUCAGUGGAUGUAAUCUGACUUUUAUCCCUGCUUCAUGUGUAGCUGAUCUGCGGCGGCUCCUUGCAAAACGAAGCUUGAAGAAAGGCACAGACACUUCUAGUAGUCUUUUCUGUGUCAGAAGUUAGACCUGUCGUAUCCACACUCAGAGUCGGUCUAACAGUGGGUGUCGACAUGCUGGAACAGGUUCUGUCAUUCGGCCGCUCACUGGUGCGCAGGAAAGUGGUCGACCUGAGCAGCAUGGAGGACUCAAAGCUGUGCCGCUGCCUGGGAACUGUCGACCUCAUCGCCCUCGGGGUGGGCAGCACUCUGGGCGCCGGCGUCUACGUCCUGGCUGGCGAGGUGGCCAAGGGUGACUCAGGCCCCAGCAUUGUCAUCUCCUUCCUAAUUGCUGCUCUAGCCUCUGUCAUGGCCGGCCUUUGUUACGCUGAGUUUGGCGCACGAGUCCCUAAGACCGGCUCUGCUUACCUUUAUAGCUACGUGACUGUAGGAGAGAUCUGGGCCUUCAUCACUGGUUGGAAUCUCAUUCUCUCCUAUGUGAUUGGUACCUCUUCAGUUGCCAGGGCUUGGAGUGGCACAUUUGAUGAAAUGAUAGGAGGGCACAUUGAGAUUUUCUGUAAGACCUACUUCAGCAUGAACUCCCCUGGUUUGGCUUCGUACCCUGACUUCUUUGCUGUCUGCCUGAUUCUGCUGCUUUCUGGACUCCUUUCGUUUGGGGUGAAGGAGUCAGCCUGGGUCAAUAAAGUCUUCACUUCAAUCAAUGUGCUCGUACUCUUGUUUGUCAUCAUCUCCGGCUUCGUCAAAGGAGACACACACAACUGGAACAUAACUGAAGAGUCCCUUAUUAAUGUCACUGUGGUUUCAAGGAACUUGUCGGCGAUGACCAAUGUGAGCAGUGAUUACGGCGUUGGAGGAUUUAUGCCCUACGGCUUCAGUGGGACCUUAGCUGGAGCUGCCACCUGCUUUUAUGCUUUUGUUGGAUUUGACUGCAUUGCGACCACAGGCGAAGAGGUGAAGAACCCUCAGAGAGCCAUUCCCAUUGGCAUCGUGGUGUCACUGACCGUGUGCUUCUUGGCCUACUUUGGCGUGUCAGCUGCGCUCACGCUGAUGAUGCCCUACUACCUGCUGGAUGAGAAGAGCCCUCUGCCCAUGGCCUUUGAAUACGUGGGCUGGGGUCCUGCUAAAUAUGUGGUUGCGGCAGGUUCACUGUGUGCCCUCUCUACCAGUCUGCUGGGCUCCAUUUUCCCCAUGCCUCGUGUAAUCUAUGCUAUGGCAGAGGAUGGGGUGCUUUUCAAAACCUUAGCCCGAAUCAAUCCUAAGACGAAGACCCCACUUAUUGCCACUAUGACCUCCGGUGUAGUAGCAGCCAUCAUGGCCUUCCUGUUUGACCUGAAAGCGCUGGUUGACAUGAUGUCCAUUGGAACUCUACUGGCUUACUCGCUGGUUGCUGUAUGUGUACUGAUUCUCAGGUACCAGCCAGAUGGAGCCUUAGAGCGGCGAGCAGGCACUGGUGAGAGGGAGUACCUGUCUUCCGAGGGGGGCGAGUCUGACCUGACAGAGUCGGAGUCCCACCUCAACAUGCUGAAGGGUGGCAGCUCCACCCUCCAGACUGUUCUGCACCCCCCUGCCUCCCCUUCUGAACAUUCCUCCAGAGUUGUCAACAUGUCCAUUUGUGUGCUCGUGCUGCUAGUGUGUAUAGUAAGCUAUCUCACCACGUACUGCAUCGGCUCCAUCCUUGCUAUGGAAGUGUGGAUCCUGGUACUGCUGUCCGUGUGUCUCCUCAUCUUCAGUGGUUGCAUCUUUUUGAUCUGCAGGCAGCCACAGACUAGCAAGAAGGUCUCCUUCAUGGUUCCUCUUCUUCCUCUUCUGCCCAUUCUGAGCAUUUCUGUCAAUAUUUACCUCAUGGUUCAGCUGAGUGGAGAUACUUGGAUCCGUUUCUCUGUGUGGAUGGCUAUAGGCUUCAUGAUCUACUUCGGCUAUGGCAUGUGGCACAGCGUGGAGCGCCAGCGCCUUCUCCAGGGUCCUUCAAACAGCAGCAGCACUCAGGAACACAACAAAAGCAGCAGGGGUGCAGUAGGAAAAGACGAGGAGUGUUUCAUCUGCCCUGAAAAGACAAGCCAGUGUUAAAGUUUACCAGGUCAUUUACAGACUCUAUGAGGUGACAGAUGUGUAAAAGCACACAGCAGCUCGAUGCACCUGUUUAUACAGCUUCACCUUGUGGGCCUCAUCCUCAAGCACACACAUUCUGUCAGUAUUCUGUGUCAGCGGCCACACGAUGGGGAGCUGCUUGGUCCCUGUGAUGAAACCAAAUCUUGUAGGUCACACUGCGCUUAAUGGCCAGCAUGAAGGCAGAAGUGAAAGGACAGGUAACACACUGGAGAUUGAUGUUCAUUUUCUUUAACAGUGUAGCAGUUAAUGCCAAGACCGCAGCAAAGCAUCUCUGUUUCUCUUUCCUGAGUUCUAAGUAUAUGACAUUUGUCUUGUCUCUACCUUUUUACAUUUGAAGGAGGUUUGUACAGGUGGGUUUUUAAAUGUUAAGUCUUGACACUUUGUUAUCCAUUUAACAAAUGGAUUUUAUUAGAUUUUGAUGCACCAUUUAUAUACUGGUAUUGAAAGUAAUGUUAGUUUUGUGGAAAAAAAGCACUCAUUGUUCUUUGGUUUUAGUGUCGAAUGCUGAAAAAAGACCAACAGGUUAAAGAUGUGCUUUCAGUCGUAAAGCUAGAAUAUGUUCUACAAUUGUUUUGUGUAUAAUUGUUUUACAUGCAUACUUUAUAUGUAUAAUUGCGAUCUAUAUCUGUUAAAAAUAAUAACAAAGAUGCUGCGAAAUUUUGACCAAUGUUGACUAUGUCACAUAGUUAUGUAGGCACUUAACAUGUCAUGACUCGACUAUCCUGAAGCCAGGAGGAAAGUUUCAGGCUUCUGUUAAGUAUUAUAUGAUCAUAUCAACCUCUGCUGUAGUUAUUGAGGUAUCUGUUAUGGGUGGUUUUAUUCAGCACAGGUUCACUUUUAUUUUUGCUUGGGUGAACUGUUACAAUCUGAACAUGAAGAUUGAUAGUUGAUACAGAAUUCUUCUCAAAACGUAUUUGUAGUUUCUUUAUUUUUUUCCACUCUUUCUGAUGUUUUGUGUUAUUUUGAUACCGUUGCAGAUAUGCUCUUAAAUAUUCAUGGAAUUAUUCUCUCUCAACCAAACUACUUUGCCUCAUAACAACCUAACAGGAAGGAUAACAAUUAUGAACUCUAUUUUCAUUUGUGUUCUUUUGUGUUUGACUUUUUAUGAUGAACUGCAUGGAGAAUUCAGUUUAUUUUUUCCUCUGGUAUUUUAGGGUUUUACUUUUACUAUGAAUUGUAAGGCUCAGUGAGCUUUGGUUUACAGUAGAAACUUGUUUUUUGUCUUUCACCUAUACUACCAAUAUUUUACACCAUCUGAUAUAGAGAGACUGAACGCUUUUCAAGAGGUCAGACACUGAGACUGCAGGAUGUUGCUGAUGGAUUCAUCAGUGCAGAGUAUUAUAUGAAUGUGGAACAAAUUCAGAAGGUAGUCUCAGCAGGAGUAAAGCCGAUAUUCUACUAUACUGAACCUCUUCAAUAAAAGCGUAGAGUCUUCCAGUGAGGUUACUGGAUAAAGUACAUAGAAGUAACCAUUAUGUCAUGAAGUAGUACCAACAGCACAGACAAAGACAAUAAAUGUAUUUUCCAGAAGGACA